GAAUUUGUAAUAUUAAGUGCACGUUAAAUCCAGUUUCCAUGAACAACUCAUUUCUCUCAAGAGUCAGAGAUCUCCGUCGGGCCCCUCUCUCGUCAUAUUCGUACAUUCAGCAUAGAUUACAUGUAUGUCGAUUCGAAAAUGACUUAGUUGGUUUGAAACUUCCCUGUCAAGCUAAUUUGUUGUAGAGUGAUGGAAGAAGUAGACUUUCCCGGUUCUGGACUCCAACGGGAGGAAUAACCAAAAAAUCUGGCAGUCCUGAUACAAGUGAUUUGUUGGUUCAGGGUGGCUUUCUCCGCCAGGCUUAUUCCGGGGUAUUUCAUAUGCUUCCCCUUGGACUUCGGGUUCAGGAGAAACUGGAGCGUCUGGUGGAUAAACACAUGCGCACGCUUGGCGCUUCAAAGUUGUCUCUCUCCUCUAUAUCUUCCCAAGCCUUAUGGGAAAAAUCUGGUCGACUGAAAAAAGAUUCUGAGUUUUUUAAAUUUCAAGAUAGAAAAAAGGCCAGGUUUCUUCUUGCUCCAACCCACGAGGAAGAAAUUACUUCGCUUGUUGCGGGUGUUAUGAACUCCUACAAGGACCUUCCAUUACGAGUGUACCAGAUAAGUAGGAAGUAUCGAGAUGAGCCGAGACCCCGACAGGGGUUACUUCGAGGUAGAGAAUUUAUCAUGAAAGACCUUUACACUUUCGACUACAAUGCCGAGAUGGCAAUAAAGACUUACAAUGCAGUUAAAGAUACCUACGUACGACUAUUCGAUGAGCUUAGGAUACCUUACAUUAUUGCUACUGCAGACUCUGGUAACAUGGGAGGAAAUUUAAGUCAUGAAUUUCAUCUCCCAAAUCCUAAAGGCGAGGACACCAUCAUUAGCUGUUCAAGCUGUCGCUAUGUAUACAAUGAAGAGCUUUCGGACGGAAAAGCAUACCAAGACAUUAGACCGCCCUCGGAUCCUAUUCAAGAUGGUAAAUCUGUCGGGUUCGGGGAGCAACAAGCACCAGCGAUUUCAACUGGCAUGUGGAUGAGUAUCUCGAAGGAUGGAAAUACUCUUGUGAGAGUAUUCUAUCCGAAGUAUCUGAUACGUGGCGGCUGCUCAGAGCCAGUUGAGCGGCAGAUCAAUUCACAUGCUGUGAGGGCAAUUGCCUGCUCAGCGGGGGUAGAUCUCGAUACCAGCGUGACUAGUCCGUUAGCAAAAUGGCAAAGUAUAGCUAGAGAGGAGAAAACCCCACCUGGCACUCGGCCAAAUCAUCCUACGAUUUUAGAUAUUUAUGACCAUCGCGUACGUGUUUACAAUCACCCUCCUCUCCCGUCUGGGCAGAACAGAGAAGUUUUGGAGCAGCUGAAUGUGCGGUUCUCAUCCCUACACCAAUACCCUGGUAGCGGUGCAAAACUCGACUGCAUAAGUGCUGCGGCUGGAGACCAAUGUUCCAGAUGCGGUGAACAGGCGGUACAAACCCACACUGCUAUUGAGCUUGCGCAUACAUUCCAUCUUGGAACUCGAUAUAGCAAAGUGCUUAACGCUUCUGUGGCUGUACCUUCAACAUUGCUAAGCAACGACUCUAAAGCAAACGACAACAGUUCUGUCUCUGUUCCCCUUCAAAUGGGAUGUCAUGGCAUUGGUGUUUCACGCAUGAUAUCCGCUAUUGCGGACAGCCUGGCCAACUCCAAAGGGCUUAACUGGCCAAGGGCAAUUGCUCCCUUCGAGGCCAUGAUCAUCCCGGAUAAAGGCCUGGAGGAGGAAGCUGAAAAGGUUUAUGACGCUAUCAGUCGAAUAAAUAUCGAUGCCGUCGAUGCGAUAAUUGACGAUAGAGACAAGAAUCUUGCAUGGAAACUCAGAGAUGCCGAUUUAAUAGGGUAUCCUGUAAUAAUCGUCGUGGGGAAGUCCUGGAGGAUGGAGAACAAACUGGAAGUUCAGUGUCAUCGACUAAACAAUCUCCGGGAAACGGUAUCGCUGCCAGAUUUGCAUCCACUCACUAUAUCGCUGCUUGAUAGACUCUAGUAUUCCCUUGUGAUAUUUCAUUAAAAUGUAUUAUAUAUAUCGGGUUUGUUCGGGAAACACAGAAACUUUGAAUUUAUCAUGUAUUUAUUUAUACCCCAAUAUUAACAUGGCUUUCCUCAAC